UUGGCAACACUCAUCUUUUGAUAUGUUAACUUAGUAUAAUACGAAAGUCUAUUAAAUUAGCAUGAUCAUAACACAUAAGAUUUUAAAAGAAAAAUGAAAUUAUACAUUCUUUUUAUUUGUCUUACCGUUGCUUCAUGUUUCAGUGUAAAGCCAGCACCAAUAUGCUGCUUUCCGGAUCAGUUCGAGACGUUUAUGUUUAUUUCUCAGGGUGUUGUUGAUGUCCCAUCUGGAAAACUCGGGUACGGAUACGGUUAUGCUAACGCAACAGUUAGAACGGCAUUCGACGGAAUUAACCAGUUGACGUACGCACAUGAACAUUCAAUGAGUUUUAUGUCGAUUUAUCCGGUUCCUAUUGUACUGGAUUCUGCAAAUAUUUUGGACUACAAAAAUAAUGUGCAAUGGCGUGUGUAUGGAGAUGGUUCAUGUGACAAGUUGGACGUCGGACUUCCACUGUAUCCAGAAUGCAUACCUGCUAACGCUUCGUUGAUGAGUAAAGGUCUACUGGGAAAAACAGGAAAAGUUUUGCAGACCUUCAUAUUCCACAAUCGCAUAUAUCUAGAUCCGUAUGAGGUCACUGUAACGGUUAUCAUGUCAGAUGAUAAAGAGGGUGAAUGUAUUCCUUUGAGAAUGUCAGUGUCUCAGGCAUAUGUGUUCGACAGUGACAAAAAUGUUGACAUCACAGUAGCAGAUAUAUUCGACUUCACACCUGGUAUAAAAGACAUUUCUAUAUUUACCCCACCGUCGUCAUGUGACAAAGUGACAACAAUAAAGGAGUCAGGAUCAAUAAAAAAUUCGGGAAGCAUCCGGGAUAUCCUGCAGAAGUUUGCAGACAUGCAUAGAAACAAUAGAGAAUAAUACAAAAUAUUCAUCAUGCCUAUUAUUAUUAUUUGUAUGACAUAUAAAGUUUUUUGUGUGAGAUUUAACAUUACUUUAAUUAGCGUUAAACCGGAUUCAUCAUACUAA